UGAAACCCGGUGACUUCUCGUGGAAUCUCGCGAUGGCUGACUCAGACGAGAACACAGCACGGAAAUCAUGUCGGGUCUUGUCAACAACACAAGCAAGUCAUGAACAUAUAUUGUUAACAGACAUGCCAUAAAGUCCCACUAAAUAGUCACCCAGCCAUCAGUGCUCACAUCCCGCUGUCCCCAUGACAACCCCUCCUCUGGCCCAGUUCCCUGGGCAACAGGCUCAGGCAGCUCGGGAUGUGAACACAGCCUCGCUCUGUCGGAUCGGACAGGAGACGGUGCAGGACAUUGUCUUACGAACCAUGGAGAUCUUUCAGCUGCUGAGAAACAUGCAGCUGCCGAAUGGAGUCACCUAUCAUCCUAACACUCAUCAGGACCGGUUGGGGAAACUGCAGGAGCACUUGCGGAUGCUCUCUGUCCUUUUCCGCAAGCUCCGUCUCGUCUAUGACAAAUGCAAUGAAAAUUGUGCUGGUCUGGACCCCGUCCCCCCUGAGGUGAGAUUGCAACUUAUCCCUUAUGUAGAGGAUGAGAGUUCUAAGAUGGAUGACCGAAUGGCCAGUCAAAUGCGUGCAACCAGUGAAGAGAGAAGAGAAGUACUGGAAGUAAAUAAGAAACUCAAACAGAAGAACCAGCAGCUGAAGAUGAUUAUGGACCAGCUCAGGAACCUCAUCUGGGAGAUCAACUCCAUGCUGGCUGUCAGGAGCUGAAACACACACACAUACUCACACACAUAUGCGUGUGCAGUCAUACACUGUUGUAGAUCCACCGACUGUAUUAGCUGCAUUCAUGUUUUCAGCGGGACACGUAAGAUAGAUGCAGGAAAGAGCAGCGAGGAACAAAAUUGAGAGAAGGUAGGAAGCGUGUUCAUUUAUCUAUUAAGUAUAAACGUAUAUACCAAUGCUUGUCUCAAUUGCUAUUUAAAAAGAAAAAAAAGAACAAAUGGUCUGACUUUAAUUUUAGAUAUAAAAGCAUUCAAUUCAAAAAGGAAAAAAAAUACACAGCUGUCUACAGUAGCUGCACAAUCAAUAGUGCUACAUUCCAGCAUGUAUGGUUCAAUGUACCCUACUUUAUUUGUAAUCCCUUAUCAGUAACCUCUCAUCGAAAAAAAUAAAAUAAAAAUAAACCAUGCAAGUCAUGUCUUUAUAGCAUCAAAUAUGACUUUAUUCAUUUUCUUAUAAAUCAUUCAUACAAAUUGGCAUUUUGCAAUUUCUUUAUUACCGCUAUAAAAAGUCUUCUGUUAAUUACUUGGAUGAAGGGUCAGGACAGGAGGGAGCAAAACCAACAGCUCUGAACAAAAAUAACCCAAAACAAAUGGGUAUUUACUCAUAAAUAGCCUAAAGUGGUCAUGCAAGUCUGGUUAACAGCCUAACGUGAGAAAUACAGUCGAGUGUUUAACAGAUGCUGGGAAACUUUAGUGUCUGCCGAUGACGUUUGCCGCUUCUGUCCUAUGUGACUGUGGGGAUCACAAACUCGGUUGAAUCAAAAGGCACAAUCAGGGAGAGAUCAGUGAUGUUUUUGAGCAUGACUCCAUAUUGCUUAUUGCUAAUCACAGAACAUAAUGGAAGAUAAAUAAGAUGCUAAUUUGACCAGUUAGCCUUGAGACAGGAUGAUCUCGGCAGAAUGAAAAAGUACAAAACAAUGAAAGAAUCAGUUUGCCAAUGACAACAUAUGACAAUUGCAUGAGUUUAAAUUUGCCAAGAUUCUUUGGUGAUCUUGCAAGUGUGUAGUGGUAGCAGCAGCAUUCAACAGGCCAAAUUUCAAAUGAAUGGCUUUGUCACGUUAAGCUGGAUAAUUAAAAUAACACUGGCGCCGAUGCAAACCCCUAUCAGUGUGUCGUCUGCGCUGACAAGGGCCUUGGGCAGAUCUGGAUGAUACUGGGCAGAUCAUAAGCCCUGGUGACAGUGUUGGCAAGGGCAUCGUGACGGGAUGGGAUGCACAUAUUAAUCAAAACAGACAUCUGAUGCACACAUCUAACCUCUAAAAUCAUCUUGGAUGAAUCAUCCUAUAUAUAACGGUGUAGAUCCAGCUGUAUGAACAAGGAUCAUAUACAUUGUAUUUGAAGUGUAUAUAAUCGGCCAAUGAAAUUGUGCAAGGCCAGACGUUAACUGUGUGAUAUGACAACCACAGGUAAAAAUGCUAGGCAUACAUUUUUAAAUUGGAUGAUUUACUGAACUUAAAACUUAGCCAGAUGUGUGCCGUUUGUUUAAAAAA